AGCCAGUGGAGCUUUAGAGAGCCAGUGCAGCUUUAAGAGGUCAAGAACCGGUCUGAUGAGAGAAUGGAGCCGAGCUGUGUGUCAUAGGAACACACACGCACACACACACACACACACACUGUGCGCACCGGGCCGAGGAUGAGCACACAACACUCACACAGACACACACACACUCAGGCUGAGAACGUCAGGACAUGUUUCGGAUGAGCUGAAGAUGUGUGAUAGUGUAGAUGUUGAGGAGAAGCCCCCUGCUCCCCCCAUGAGAAUGAGCAGCAGCUCUCGUGAUUCUUCAUCUGUCCUGCACUCGUCUAAACCGCUGCCCAUGGCUCCGGAGGAGAAAAACAAGAAAGCGCGCCUCAGAUCCAUCUUCCCUGGAGGAGACAAGACAAAUAAGAAGAAGGAAAAAGAGCGUCCUGAAAUUUCUCUUCCAUCUGAUUUUGAACACACCAUCCACGUGGGCUUUGACGCAGUAACAGGAGAGUUCACUGGCAUCCCAGAGCAGUGGGCUCGGUUACUGCAGACCUCCAACAUCACCAAGCUGGAGCAGAAGAAGAACCCUCAGGCCGUCAUCGAUGUGCUCAAGUUCUAUGACUCCAAAGAAACCGUCAACAACCAGAAGUACAUGAGCUUCACGUCAGGAGAUAAAUCAGCUCAUGGCUACAUCGCCACUAACACGCUGAACCGCCUCCUGUCCUCCGGGCCACCAGUCAGCCUUAGAUCCUGCAGCGCUUUAUUUGAAAAGGAAAUUGAAAAGCCCCGCCCACAGGAAACUGUGUCAAAUCGCUGCAAAGCAUUCUGGCAGCAGGGAGCUAAAACAGCAUCUGAGCCACCCAUCGCUCCUCCAGUAUCUGAGGAGGAAGAUGAGGAAGAAGAGGAAGAAGAAGAAGAUGAAGAUGAAGAUGAUGAUGAGGUGCCCCCCAUAAUCGCGCCAAGACCAGAACACACCAAAUCGAUCUACACACGCUCCGUCAUCGAACCCGCUGCGACCCCUGACCCUGUUAAAGAGGUCACGACCCCACCAGAGUCACAGGUCCAAUCGGAGGAGACAACAACUUCUAGCACGUUGUACAGACACACAGACCGACAGAGAAAAAAAUCCAAAAUGACUGAUGAGGAGAUUCUCGAACGACUCAGGAGCAUCGUCAGUGUUGGGGAUCCAAAGAAGAAAUACACACGCUUUGAGAAAAUAGGACAGGGGGCAUCUGGAACAGUUUACACAGCCAUCGAUAUCGCAACAGGACAGGAGGUUGCUAUAAAGCAGAUGAACCUUCAGCAGCAGCCGAAGAAGGAGUUGAUCAUUAAUGAGAUUUUGGUGAUGAGGGAAAACAAGAACCCCAACAUUGUUAACUACCUGGACAGUUAUUUAGUAGGAGAUGAAUUGUGGGUAGUGAUGGAGUAUUUAGCGGGCGGGUCUCUUACUGACGUCGUCACAGAAACCUGCAUGGACGAAGGGCAGAUUGCUGCAGUGUGCCGAGAGUGUUUGCAGGCUCUCGACUUCCUGCACUCUAAUCAGGUGAUUCAUAGAGACAUCAAGAGCGACAACAUCCUGCUGGGUAUGGACGGAUCUGUCAAGCUCACGGAUUUCGGGUUCUGUGCUCAGAUCACCCCGGAGCAGAACAAGCGCAGUACAAUGGUAGGAACGCCGUACUGGAUGGCACCUGAGGUUGUGACUCGGAAAGCUUAUGGACCCAAAGUGGACGUGUGGAGUCUCGGCAUCAUGGCUAUAGAAAUGGUGGAGGGAGAACCACCGUACCUGAACGAGAACCCACUGAGGGCGCUGUAUCUCAUUGCCACUAACGGCACUCCAGAGCUACAGAACCCCGAGCGUUUAUCCUCUGUCUUCAGAGACUUCCUGAACCGCUGUCUGGAGAUGGAUGUAGACCGGCGAGGAUCAGCUAAAGAGCUGCUGCAGCACUCUUUCCUGAAGCUGGCAAAGCCUCUGUCCAGUCUGACGCCGCUGAUUGUAGCCGCCAAGGAAGCCAUCAAGAACAGCAGCCGCUAGAGGGGACUACACACACACACACAUACACCACAUACAUACACACACACACACACACAUACACACACACAGAUAAACGAUGACAGACUGUUUCACUCAGCCCCUUCAUGCUGUCUAACACCACAGAAUGAUCUGUUCCCCUAGUGUGUGUGUGUGUGUAUAUCUGUGUGUGUGUACAGUAUGUGUGUGUUGGAAGGAAACCCAGUUCAAAUGGAGAAAAGGAAAAGUUUUUUCACUGUUACAGAGUGUCACAGUGUGUGUGUGUGUGUGUGUGUGUGUGUGUGUGUGGCUAUUUUACUAUGCAUUUUAAGAGCCAGUGCGAGCCGUGAAGCAAAGCCAUUGAGUCACAGAAACAUGACCGAACGGGCAUUACGCGGCAAAGUCACACACAUGCAGAUAUAUGUAUUUAUGUUCCAUCUACACACACACACACACACACACCUGAAGGGUGCUAAUACUUAUGUUUUUGACUUUGAAUCAGAUUCUCAUGUUUUAAAGUUAUUCACAUCUUACUCUUAUUGUUUUGUUGGGUACUUUGGGUGCAUGUGUUUGUGUGUGUGCGCAUGUGUGUGUGUGUGUGUGUGUGUGUGUGUGUGUGUGUGUGUGUGUGUAGAAUACCUCAGUCUGCCAGUUACCCUCCAGAACAACACUGUGAAUCUUCAGGAAGCUUCAGCACUCACACACACACACACACAACACAACACACACACACACACACACACACAGACACACAGGCACACACACACACACACACAUCCUUAUUCAGAAGACAGUGAUGUCAUGAUGUGAGAUAAAUGUAUAUGUGCGUGCGCAUGUGUGUGUGCGCAUGUGUGUGUGUACGUGCGCGUGUGUGUGUGUGUGUGUGGGUGUGAGUGUGUGCGAGUGUGUUCUGUAACUUGGGUGUCCUUUAGACUGCUGUGUCCUGGUUUUACCAAGUGCUUGUCUCCUGUUGAUGAUGUCAUCCUUACAGAGAGAUCUUCAUGUUGCUAUAAUUUAAACACUUUGAUGUGGUGACAUCACACCACUUCUGACCAAUCAGAUUCCAGAAUUCGAUGUAUCUGUAUGUAUGUAUGUGUAUAAGGCUAACUAGUGUAUUUAAUGGAAAGCUAACAGGUUUAGCCAAAUGUAAAGAUGUUUCAAGAAGUGAGAACAUUUGUGAUUUCUUUUGAUUGGCUGAUCAAAUUAAACAUAAGCUCCACACUUAUUGGUUGAGGGACAUUUGCUGCUUGGCAGAAUCAGGACGCACAGAACAGACUGUCACUUUGAGUGAGAAAUUAUGUGUUCAUCUUUUUUCCCUAAAAACAAUACUAUGAUCAUUUUCAAAAUGAGUGCGGCGCUGAUGACAUCACCAAGUCUGAAGGUGGAUUAAAAUGUUUUGGAUGGUGCACAGAGGACAUGUGGAGGUUUUUAUACUGGAAUGGGAUGUGGCCUGUCACUGAGACACGGAUGACACGUGGAGGAUCCUGAGAGGUUUAAUACAUUAACAUCGUGUCUAAUGCAGGACGGGUGAUUUGGGACACGACCAUCACGUCUCCCUGUAGAGUGUGAUUCAGGAUGCAGCCGCAGUGGACUGAAGGAUGGAAGAAAUGUUGGUGCCAUCUUGUGGCCUGGACCUUCACACUGAUCACGGUGGGACUAGAGUGUGUCCCUCAGUGCAGGAGAGAACUCAGGGGCCCCCCACACACACACACACACACACACACACACACACACACACAAAAUAAGGGAAUCAUGACAAGGUCCUGGGACUUUUUCAUUCAAAGAGCCGAUCGUUGUUGAUCUGGGCCGAGUUGUGAUCCACGAGCACAAGACAGAAGGACGUAAAAGGACGUUCUUUAAAAUAAAAACGCCCCCUUUGUACCUGUGAUAUUCUCCUGCUCCGCCCACUCUUUUUUUUCUUCUGAAUGUCCAACCCUGUACACGUGCUGUGACUUUCAGUGUGUAACUUGAGAAUGGAACAAAGACUUUAUGAAAACAUUCUUUUUAAAUUAUUAUUCUGAAUCUUCUGACGUUUGUAAACGGCCGAGACGAACUCACUGCGAAUCUCACGACUUGACCUCCACCUCCUUCCUUAAAAAUUGACAAAAAAAGUCAAAAAAAAAAAAGAAAAAAGAAAGAAAGAAAAGAAAUAGCCUGAGAAAAGAGGGAAAGCCUCUCUUUUGUUUUGGAUAAGCUAUUUUAAAUUGUGGUUGAAGCAAGCAAUAGACUUUUUGAAUUCUGAUUGUGCAUGGUUGUGUCUUGAGUGUUAAAAUAUUACAAAAAAAAGAUGCAGUUUGGGAACUGGACUGAAUAAAAAAAUAAAAAAGAGAAAAAAA